AGGGAGACAUGGAAUUUGAAGCAGGCUCCAGGCUCCGUGCUGUCACUGCAAAGCCCCAUAUGGGGCUAGAACUCAUGAACUGUGACAUCAUGACGUGACAUGAAGUGGGAUUCUUAACCUACUGAGCCACCCAGGCACCAGAGAAAUAGCAUUCUUGAAGACCAGAAAUUGGGAUGGGGGGUAUUCACACAUUUUAUAACCCAGAAAUCCAAGUGAUUAUGGUGACUUUGCCAAUGCAUUGUGUUGGAGGAUAGUUGUACGGUAGAAAAACAGUGAACCCUACAGGGAGUUGAAGAAGAGGACAAGUGUCUUAUCCAUGGCUUCUGGCAACAUGGGGCAGUAUAAGGACUCACUGUCACAGUGACCAACUUGCCAGAAGGAAAGAUCCUCAAUGUCAGGAAUUUGUGAAGAGAGUCAUAAUGAGUCAUCUCUUUAAGAUAAUUAUGAUUAGUAUCGUCUCCGUGAAUGCCUUUUUUGUGGUCUUGUGGACUGAUUAUAAUACAAGAUACAACUUAUUCACACUUUGUGAGGUCUCGGAGCUCAUCUUUGUGUCCAUCUAUAGCUCUGAGUUCUGCAUGAAGCUCUACGUGGACCCCAUCAACUACUGGAAGGAUGGCUACAACCUGCUGGAUAUAAUCAUUAUCAUCAUUAUCUUCAUUCCUUACAGUCUCCGCAAAUUCAAGGGCAAGCACUACCCCUACCUCAACAUUGCUGACGGCAUUCAAUCCCUGCGCAUCCUCAAGCUUAUCACCUAUAGCCGUGGUAUCCGGACACUCAUCACCGCCGUGGGGCAGACAGCCUACACCGUGGCCUCCGUGAUCAUCCUACUCUUCGUCCUCAUGUUCAUCUUCGCCAUCUUGGGCUUCUGCCUGUUUGGAGUUCCAGACAGGGGUGACCCGAAUAACUGGGGGAACCUGGCUGUGGCUUUCUUUACCCUCUUCAGCUUGGCCACGGUCGAUGGCUGGACAGACCUACAGGAACAGUUGGAUAAUCGGAACUUGGCUCUCAGCCGGGCAUUCACCAUCAUCUUCAUCUUGCUUGCCUCCUUCGUCUUCCUCAGCAUGUUCGUGGGUGUGAUGAUCAUCCACACUGAGGACUCCAUUAAAAAGUUUGAACGGGAGCUGAUGGCGGAGAGACAUGUGACACUCAUGGAGGAGAAGCAGGUGAUUGUGAAGAGGCAGCAGGAAGAGGUCAGCAGGCUGAUGCAGACACAGAAAAAAGGUGACUACAAAAGUUUCAGUGAGCUGGUAGAGAACUUCAAGAAGACCCUGCGGCACACUGACCCCAUGGUCUUGGAUGAUUUUGGCACCAGUCUGCCCUUCAUCGACGUCUACUUGUCCACCCUGGACAACCAGGACACUACGAUCUGCAAGCUUCAGGAGCUGUACUGUGAGAUCGCACACGUGUUGAGCCUGAUGCUUGAAGACUUGCCGCAGAAGAAACAGUCCCAGUCCUCUGAAAAGGCCACUGAGCAGUAGGGGGCGUGGGCACCAGGUGCCGGUGUGACCUGCAGGACGUGACAGGCCCCCCCAUUAAACACAAGCUUUCUGAA